AUGAAUCCCAUUUGGGGCAGGGAAGAGAAAUCAAACCAAAAGCUAACUACGGGUGUAGAAUUCAACUGGAUCCGAUUCACAGUUCCCAAAGCGCACUCUAUCUGCAGAGAUGUGAAGCGAGGAAAAACCAACUCUACCUACCUGUUUUGCUCCUACCUUUUUCCUAGGAACACGUUCAUGGGCAAUGUGAAGUCGACGAAAACAAUGAAGGAGGAGUCCAAAAUCAAGGAGCGAAAGAGAAAGUGUAUGUGCGUGAAUGCGCUCCUAUUUGUGUGGUACCAUGCCACUAGUGGUGGUGCAGCGGGCACACGCAGCAAGAAAGAGAAGCGAAGGAUCACUUGA